AUGGCUGCCUCUACCGCCGUAACCGCCGUGGCAUACGGAGUUUCGUCUUCACGAAGCGCAUUUGCAAUCACUUCCCGGAGAUUUUCUUCAUUCUCGCCUUCGAAAAGGUUGGACCACAGUUUUCUGCGGCGGAGAGUCAGUACACCAUCGCCGAGGCGCGUCGUUGUUCGUGCCGCUAGAACUGAGUCAGGCGGAGUAAAUCUAGGAGCUAGGGCUCCCGAUUUCGAGCUUCCGGAGCCACUCACUGGAAAUUUAUGGAAAUUAGAUGAUUUUGAGCUGUAUCCAUGUCUACUGGUUAUGUUCAUCUGCAAUCAUUGUCCCUUUGUGAUUCACUUGAAGAAAGAUAUUGUAAAGCUCUCCAAUUUCUACAUGAAGAAAGGUCUUGCUGUUGUUGCAAUAUCUUCAAAUUCUGUAGUUACUCAUCCUCAGGAUGGUCCAGAGUUCAUGGCAGAAGAUGCAAAAGUUUUCAAGUAUCCAUUUCCUUACUUAUAUGAUGAGUCACAAGAGGUUGCAAGGGAAUUUGGAGCUGUUUGUACACCUGAGUUUUUCUUGUAUAAGAAGGACGGUCGUAGGCCAUUUGAGCUGUUCUAUCACGGCCAAUUUGAUGAUUCCCGGCCUAGCAAUAACAUACCAGUAACUGGGAGGGAUCUAAGCCUGGCUAUCGAUCUUGUCCUUAGCGGUCAACCAGUACCAUCAAAUCAAAAGCCAAGGUUUGUUCCAAAAUCGAAACUGAAAGGAGAAGAGAAUGCAAAGCAGGAGAACUUUAAAAGGCUGAAAGUGUAA